ACCACUCCACCCACAGAGCGGGUGGGCAGCGCCGAGACCUGCCAGCCCUAAGCGUCGCUGUCCCUUCUCCACACCGGCACCCGGAACCUUGAGCGCGCGGAACCUCGGUGUCGGAACGCGGGCGUCGCGGACCCUAAGGGCGAUGGAGCAGGCGCGCGGGCCGGGGGCCGAGGCUGACGCGCCCGAGGAGGAGGAGGGGGAGGCGCGAGCGGCCAUGGCGGCCGUGGUGUCGGCUGCGGGUGGUGCGUGUCCCGCGGUCCUGCAGGUGGCCGGCCUCUACCGGGGCCUGUGUGCAGUGCGCAGCCGCGCCCUAGGGCUGGGGUUCGUGUCACCAGCACAGUUGCGCGUGUUUCCCGUGCGCCGGGGCUCGGGGCUGCCCUCUGGGGGAGCAGACGGCAGCGGGGUCAGCGAGCUGGAAGCUAACCCCUUCUACGACCGCUACCGGGACAAGAUCCAGCAGCUGCGCAGGUCUGACCCAGCUGCCUUUGAGUCCCGCUUGGAGAAGCGCAGUGAGUUUCGGAAGCAACCAGUGGGUCACUCCAAGCAAAGUGAUUUUAUCAAAUGUGUAGAACAGAAGACAGAUGCCUUGGGGAAACAGCCUGUGAGCAAAGGAUUCACUAAGGACAAGACUCUCAGUUCAAUCUUCAACAUUGAGAUGGUGAAAGACAAAACUGCGGAGGAAAUAAGACAGAUUUGGCAACAGUAUUUUUCAGCAAAGGACACAGUCUACGCAGUUAUUCCUAAAGAGAAGUUUGACUUGAUCUGGAACCGGGCUCAGUCCUGCCCAACUUUUCUUUGUGCACUACCAAGAAGGGAUGGUUAUGAGUUCUUUGUUGGACAAUGGACAGGUACAGAGCUCCACUUCACUGCACUUAUAAAUAUUCAGACCCGAGGGGAUGCGGCAACGAGCCAGCUGGUUUUAUAUCACUAUUCUGAACUGAAGGAAGAAAAGGGCAUAGUGCUGAUGACAGCAGAAAUGGAUUCCACAUUCCUGAAUGUUGCAGAAGCACAGUGCAUCGCCAAUCAGGUUCAGCUCUUCUACGCUACUGAUCGGAAGGAGAUCUAUGGGCUAGUAGAGACCUUUAACUUCAGACCGAAUGAGUUCAAAUAUAUGUCUGUCAUCGCUGAAUUGGAGCAAAGUGGACUUGGAGCAGAACUGAAAUGUGCCCAGAACCAGGAUAAGACUUAGAGAUAUCUGAAUUGGCCCUUCACAGAGUUGGCUCAGUCUUGGAUAGCCUGAAGUCCACCAACAGAGCUCAACAACUGCAACAAACAGUCUGUGAAGAGUUACUGUAUAUGCUUCUUUCAAGAUGUGGUUGUGGACAUGAGCCCUAAUGCUUGAUAUUCAGGAACAAAGAUGUACAGAUAUUCUGAUAAUUACCUCUCAGCAUAAGGGUUCCUUUUAAGUGUUUCUGGCCAUUUGAACAAGAACUAUUCAGGGAUCUGCAAGACUAUUGUCUGGGUUUUAUUCAGUGUAACAGUGCAGUUGCAUUCUGGCCGUUUUGACCUCAUAGCUCCCAGUUUUGUGUCUUCAUAAACUGUAGCAAUAAGCUUGAAGAUCUUAGAGGUAUUGCCUUUAUGUACUCUUUCCAUGCACCAGUGAGCUGACUAAAAAUAACCUAAAAAUCCUAGCCAGACUCAAAAACAGCCAGCUAGUCUCAUCAGAAUAAAGACUUCUAGAUGACCCUCCAGAGUUGCCAUCAGUGUAACUCAGUGAAUUUUGGUUAUAGUUAAAUGAACAGGUACAAUGCCUGCAUACUGUCAAACUGUCGCUUAUAGCCCUGCUCCCUCUGCCCGUGAGAAGCUGAUGAAUCACUACAGUGUAAAUAAAACCUUUUUCUAAGGAGAUCAUUCCAGAUUUGCAUGAUUAAAAAUAAAGCAUUAUAUGAAAAUUUGGGUAGAAGCGAACGUUCCCAGAUUGAGUGUGGAGAAUAUAGCAGUAAAAACGAGUCUGGUUCUCAGACUUUGUUACACAAAAUAGGAGCAACUAAGCUUUGCACCGUCGGUGGCAUCAGUGCUGUGGGUUGACUUUAUCAGAACUCAUCUUGAGCCUCAAUGAUUUCUUGAAACACCAGAAAUAAGCAACUUGUUCUCCAGCACCAGAAGCACAUGGAUCACUUUGUGGCUCCAAGUUCAUUGGUGGAAAAAUGCGUUGGGCCCAUACCAACCUUAUGAACUUAAAGCCGCAGGUGUCCCCAGUAUUAUCGGCAGUCCCUGUACCGCACCUCUCAUUCGGUCUUAAUAUGCUGUCCCUGCCUGAUCUUGUUGGAUGCCACCAAAUAUGGUCAGUGGAACUUUCAGUAGUAUUUUCAGUUUAUGUAUGUUCUUCAUUACAGGAUUUUUGUUCUUGUUUUUCGAGACAAGGUCUUCCCCCAAGCCCCCCAACUGAGGACUGAACCCAGGGACUUGCUAGGCAAGUGCUCUACCCCUGAGCUAAAUCCCCAACCCUCAUUACAGGAUUUUUAAGGAUAGGCCUCACCCAAAGCCUUUUAAAUAGGUGUGGUGGUUUGAAUAAGAAUGACCCCCAUAGGCUCAUAGAUUUGGAUGCUUAGUUGAACCACUUGAAAGAAUUAGAAAGAUUUGGUGGCUUGUUGAAGGAACCGUGUCGCUGGGAGUAGGCUUGAGGUUUUAAAAGCCCAUGGCAGGGCCAGAGAGAGAGAGCGCGCAUUUGUGGGUCAGAAGGUAGCUCUCAGCUACUUCUCCAGUGCCAUCCCUGCCAGCUGCCAUGCUCUCUGCCAUGAUAAUGGACUAAGCCUCUGAAACUGUAAGCAAGCCCCCCAAUUAAAUGUUUUCUUUUAUAAGAGUGACCUUGGUCAUACUAUCUCUUCACAAUAGAACAGUGAUUAAGAAAGACAGUACGGUUGGCCAUCACAUUAUUUUCUGGAUAAAGAAACGUGUUUACUUAACCUGGAGAAGCUGUGCUUUCAGUUUCUCUAAAGGUGGAGUUGAUUUCUAAUGCAGCUUCUAGAUCUGCUAUGGUCCUACCAGUGCGCAUUUUGAGAAACUUGAGUCCUGUCAACCCUGCAGUUUUCCUUGACUGCCUUCCAAGUUUCUAGAUAAUAUACGUCCCAAGGCUCUUAGGCAUUGGGUGGGGUUGCUUUUGUGGGUAUCCAGCUAUGUUUGCUUUUCUCUCCAGAUAGAUCCAGUUCUUAGCCAUAGAACAUUUUCAUGGCACCUCUACGAGAGGGUGAAAAGAUGAUGAGAGGAAAAGAGCUAGCCACUCAUUUCAUAGUUCCUCCCAGCUUUGCCCUCGAUCCCAUUUGCCAAAGAAGGUUGAUGCAUCCCUGGGUAAUUAUAUUAGAUGUGACUAAAGUACCAUCUGACUGCUGUUAAUGUUUAUUUUUACCAAACAGAUCUAGCAAAUAAUAAAUGAAAACCAUAGCAGUUAGUCUAUAAAUUUGUUCCCUGACUCCAGCAUGGUGUUUCUAAGGUAUUGAUAGGAUUUGGAGCUCAUUGAAUUGGUUCAUAGAUUAUCAUUACUUUCAUUAGCUUGCUGAUGAUAAAUUGCUUAAACUCUAGUUGUUAUGUUUCUUCUAAUGCUAUCUACCUCAUAUUAUUGUGAGGAUUAUUGAGAGACUUCGGUUAGCUUACAUACAGACUACAGUAGAAUUUAAUACAUGCUGGGUCUCUUCCUCCUAAGGCCAGCACAGGCUAGGAAUAUAGCUCAGUGGCGGAACACUUGCCUAGCACAUGUCAGGCCCUGAGUUUACUUUCCAGAAUCAGACAGGAAGAACAUUAAGUCAGCGUUUCAGAUGUACAGUUCACCCUUCAUUUCAGCUCAAACAACAAAUCCUAUCUCACUGAUUCUCAACUUGAGGUACAAUGGAAUCAUUUGAAAACACUUUAAAAUGCAGUUCCUGGGCAGUGACCUGCUGAAUCAAAGUGUGCACAAAGCACUAGGAGCCUACAAUUUAGUAUGUAUUCUGGGUAAUUAGUGAGCCUUUGCGAACCAUUGCCUUACCUGUUCCUUGCAAAUGUCCACUAGAUGGGUCUUUUCUCACCUGCAGACAUUCACACAGGAUUUAGAUUCCCCUGCUCUUUGUCUUCCUGGUAGUUCCUUUGUGUACUCCAGUUACAUUGCACUAUAUUUAUUUUUGUGUGUUUGCCCCACUAGACUGUGAGCUCCUUGAGGGCCAGGAUUUAUCUUUAUUCUCAGUGCCAGGGACAUGACCUGAACCACAGAAGAAACUCAACUGUUGAACAAAUAAAUGAUACAGAUUUUAGCCAAAAA